AUGCAUACGGAACCAUCGACAAAACAGUGCCUCUCGGACACCCCGCCACAAGCAUCUGGAUCAGCCCACGAUGCGGCGAUGGUACUCCUGGCAGAUCGCAGGCUUUUUGAACCAGCUGUAUAUUCACUGGACUGCAGUCGCAAUGGUAAACCUCAAACGGUCCAUUACAUCGAGGAACCAUUCCAGCAGGAGGUAGGCAACUCGAACUAUGAGUUGCUGGAGUCCCUCCUGCAAGGACGCGAAUUGGAGGACGUGGAACUGAAGGAGCUUCGACAGGCGAUGGAGCGCCAUUACCAACCGAAGAAGCUGGUACUAGCAGAGCGUUUCGGCCUCAUGUCGAAGGUCCAGAAGCCAGGACAAGCCCUGCACGAAUACUACGCGGAGCUGCAGAAAGCGGCAAAUACGUGUAGUUUUGAAGAAAUCAAGAAUCAUCGGGAUGCGGUAGUCACGAUGGUCUUCAUUGGAGGACUACUUUCAGUGGAUACAAGGAAGCGACUACUAGGAAAAGGAGGACCUGACGUCAAAAGAAGCUCUGGAACAAGCAGAAGCGUUUGA